CGCUGGUCUCUGCCGGUCAGCUGUGUGAUUCCCACGACCCGGGGAGGUACAGCUACGUAGGAUAAAUUUGAAUUGCCUCGCUCAUAACAAGCCCAUAGAUCAUCUAGACUUCACAUAAUACACAAAGUUUCGUACUGAACUCAACUGACGGCAAAGAUGUGGUCGUUUCCGCUGUUGAUCAUGGCUGUGGUCGCCUGGCCGGCUUCGUCACAAGAUGUGGACCAGGGCACCUGCGGGACUCCGCUCGCACACUUUGCCUGGCCGAACUGCCACCCUCCCUACUACUACGGGACGGUGUGCACAUUCCGGUGCUGGUCGGGAUAUGUCCCAUCCACCUUCAUGACUUCGAGCACCUGUCUGUCCAACGGAAUGUGGUCUGGAGGGGUCUACAUCUGUCAACCAAUUAUAACAGGAAAGUGAGCAUGCCUGGCCAGCCCUGGCCGCCAGGGGAUCCGAGAAACGGUGAAUGCAUUACGUCAUAGAGGAGCAGCGACCCCUGGCGGAGGAGUUAGGAUUCACAACCAUGGCCCAUAGGCCAAAUAAAGUUUUGUGUCAUCAACUACUUCGCAGAAGAGUGUAUAUUGGUUGGAAAUAUUACCAAUAAUCUAAUAUUUAGAUAUUAAAUACCGACACCGCUAACAAAGAUACAAUCAAUGACAUAAACAC